AUGCCCUCCUCCGAUCUGAGGCAGUUGGUGAAGCAGGAAAAGCUGUUGAAGGCGUCGUUGGAAAACGUGCAAGAGUUUGUGGACAACUAUCAAAAGGAUCGCGAUAAGGAUGAAGUUGAGCUGCGUCUGAUGAAACUGGAUGAAAUCUUCGACAAGUUUAAUGAGGCUGAAGAUACGAAGACUUCCAAGGGCGCUCGCGAUGACGUUGCCGGUACAACUAACGCUGAUGCUCGUGCUGACAGUAGUCGUGCCUACAAGGAUUUCGAGAAUAUUUACUUUCGUCUGAAAUCUGCACUGCUUGUCAAGCUUCCGAGAAAUCCUGGAAUUGUUGCAGAACGCCAACAAGUGGCUGCCAAUCCACUUCAAACAUCUCGUAUGAAAUACCCAGAGCUGAAAUUGCCUACGUUUUCUGGCAAACUGCAGGAGUGGAUUAAUUUCCGGGACAAUUUCAAAUCUUUGAUCCACAACAAUGGUGAUUUGAGCACUAUGGACAAGUUUAACUACUUGAGAGCUUCUUUGCGAGAUGAUGCUCUGCUUCAAAUUAAUCAGGUUCAAGUUACCGCUGCAACCUACCAUAUUGCUUGGACCAUUCUUGAGACGAAGUACGAGAACCACAAGCUGAUAGCCCAGGAACAUCUGAAGGCACUGUUUGCUGUUCCAGCAAUGAGGUCGGAAUCAUUUGAAACUCUGAACACCAUCCUAAUGACGUUCAAGGUCAAUCUACAACAGUUGGCGAAGUUGGGGGAGAUCACUGAAAAUUGGAGUACGAUCCUGGCAUUCAUGCUGUCGCAGAAGCUUGAUACCGCAACUCUCCGCCACUGGGAGACACACCAUGCAUCCAAAGAUAUUCCUCAAUAUGCAGCAAUGGCGGAGUUUCUUGAGCAGCACUGUGCAAUUCUACAUUCUACGUCAAGCCGAUGCGGAGUUGAGCAAAGACGACCAUUCAAGAGCUCUGCACUCCAUACUGCUAUACCAUCUACAAGCAAUUGCCAAAUCUGCAACGGGGGACAGCACUGCAUUGAUCAGUGUCGCCGGUUCAGCAAAAUGAGGGUAGUCGACAGAAAAAUGAUCAUUCGCAGACUCGGUUUAUGUUUGAAUUGUCUGUGCUCUGGACACUUUGUGGCGGAUUGUUCCAGACGUACCUGCGCAAAGUGUGGACAACGCCACCAUUAUCUACUACACCCGUACGCUCCUCCCAAUUCUAACACCCAGAGUCAACCCCAGAACAACCCGAACAGGCCUCAAGCGGUGAACGCGAACCCUCAAACACAGCCUCGUCCACCGUAUCAGGUGCAACAGCAAUCGCACUCGCAAUCUCAUUGCCAAUCCCGGACGAAUAAUACUCAAUCUAAUCCACAAACACCACCAGUCCUACCCACUACCUCGCAAUUUACACGACAGCCACCUCCCACAAACACGCCAUCCACCAGUCAUCACACUGCUACUUCACACAACAUUCAAAGUCAGCGAAACACAGCACUCCUGUCAACCGCGAUCGUGAAACUUGCUGACCGCUCCGGAAAUACGAUCCUCGUUCGUGCAUUGUUGGACAAUGGUUCACAAAUCUGCAUGAUUACGGAAAAUAUUUCCCAAAGGUUGAAUUUCAAACGGUUCCGUGAAAAUUUGCCAGUGAACGGUGUUGGUGAUUCGUCGACGGUGUGCAAACAAUCGGUGUUGGCGAAGAUCCUGUCCCGCUAUUCAUCAUUCGAGACCACAGAAGUAAAGUUUUAUGUCCUGCCUCGAAUCACCUUGAACCUGCCGCAGCACAACAUUGACAUCAGCUCUUGGAAGUUGCCUGCUGAUAUCCGACUCGCCGAUCCAAGCUUCUUCGAAUCUAGCGCCGUUGAUGCAAUCCUAGGCGUGUCAGUCUUCUACGAACUACUGCUGGGAGAGCAGAUGAGACUUUGGGAAACUGGUCCGAUCUUAUGCAAUACCAAACUUGGUUGGAUAAUGGCUGGAGAAAUAUCCGAGAAUCCCGUUUCCACCUUCAGCGUUACAGUUGCAACGUCGGGAACAACUGAAGAGAUCCAUGAGCAGCUUGCACGUUUUUGGGAACUAGAGACGUGCCGGACUAAGAGCUGCCUAUCCAUCGAAGAAUCCACGUGUGAAUCCAUCUUCGAACAAACAACAACAAGGGAUCAUGACGGAAGAUUCCGUGUAACACUUCCCAAAAAAGAAUAUGUCAUGGAGCAGUUGGGAGAAUCAAAAGCAAUAGCCACCAAACGAUUCAUGGCGCUCGAGAAACGCUUGAAUGCAAAUCCGGAGAUGAAGGCUCUGUACACUGAAUUUAUUCACGAGUAUUUGUUGAUGGGGCACAUGAAAGAGAUAACAGACGACGAAGAUGAGCCGAGGCAUACCUAUUACAUGCCCCACCACGCAGUUAUGAAACCCGAUAGCACUACGACGAAGCUUAGGGUAGUGUUCGACGCGUCGUGUGCAACAGAUUCAGGAGUUUCGUUGAACGAUGCGCUGAUGGUGGGUCCGGUGGUACAAAGGGAUUUGCUAUGUAUUCUGAUCUACUUCUGA